GUAUUAUUCGUACUAGUGAAAUCAUUAGAGCCUCGCUUGAUCCUGCAGACCCUUUGAUCUAAUCUUAUCUAUCGAUCUCUCCACCGCCGUUGGUCUCCACACAGGUUCACGUUACCAACGCCGAGCCCGAGCUCUCCCGCGAGACGAGCACCUGAUCAAAGCCAUUCCCCUCUUUUGUUAAAUCUCUCAUCACUAUAAUAACGCAGCAUCUCCUCUUGACAUAAUCAAAUAUCUGGCAUACUGCCUCUUCUACAUCAGAUAUCAUGAAGCUAUCAGCUUUGACUUUGGCCUUUGCGGCAGGCGUGGCAGCUGUCCAGCCACCACAGGCUCUGCUUGAAAAUGAUGCUACCGCUCAUCGCAUCCCUACGAGCUAUGAAUCUGCCGUCAUGGGACGCCGCAUCCUGGCACUUACCAAGCUCGCUACCUUCUCAACUGUGUUCCCUGAGGCAAAGGCACAAGCUCGUCGCCCAGCAGGAUUGGAAGGCGUCCCUAUCGGCCUGAUGGAUUAUGUCGCUGACUGCGAGGACGAAGGCAACCCUACCAUUCUUGCCCUUUCUAUCGGUACGACGUUUAGAAACGUCAAGGCUGGGUCCAAUAUUACGGUAUCUCUGCAGUGGAUGCCUCCAUACCCUCCUACCAAGCGCAUCUCUUUCUUGUCUCGCUUGUCGGCAUACAUCCCCUUCCUCGGCACGCAAAGCCCAUAUGAGCGAGUCGUCUCAGACGAUGGCAUCCCUGAUACGGUGCCCUACUCGGCGGCCAAUUUGCCACGAUUCUCUCUGGUCGGAUAUCUGGAGAAGGUCGACGCUGAUGCCGCUACGUCCAAGCAGUUGGCUUCUUGCUACACAGCCAAACACCCCGAUGCCAAAUACUGGCUUCCAGGAAAUCACAUUCACACUAGUGAGUGGACAAGAUUGGUAGUCACCAGUGUCUACUGGAUUGGCGGAUUUGGAGACCGGGCCUACAUUGGAUGGAUUCCGAUUGAGGAGUGGAACGCGGUUACACGACAAGAGUGGCACGACAUUCAGCUACCUGGCGAGAAGCCCGGAUGGAAUGAAUGGAAGCUUGAUGAGAGCAGCGAGCUUUAGUAUGAGCCGUGCCUGGUUAUAGAAUCUCAUGUACGGAGGCAUUGAAUACUUCUGCUCCAAGUAUAUAUAUAUAGAUGUGUGAUAUAGUCGUCAAAACAAAUACGUUUGCUGUUAGCCUAAACUGACCAGAUCCCAUCAGUACUAAAUAGAGUGGCGAGACAUGCUGAAUGGCAGUAUGGGAUUUGCGGUGAGUAGCUGCAUUUGGCAUUGAGAGCGAUGAGACGUCGGCGGCCGAGAAAUGUCGCUCGCCGAACCUUACAUAAUUAAAGGCACAAGCAGCCAAUAGCGACUAAACGACGCUCGCCAUGCGUGUCUCUGGUGGGAAAGUCACGACGGGGACGACGGAAGUGGCUACGACACG